AUGAUGUCUUACCUCAAACAACCCCCAUAUGGCAUGAAUGGGCUGGGCCUAGCUGGGCCGGCCAUGGACCUGCUGCACCCCUCCGUGGGCUAUCCGGCUACACCAAGGAAGCAGCGGCGGGAGCGCACUACCUUCACGCGUUCACAGCUGGACGUGCUCGAAGCGCUCUUCGCCAAGACUAGAUACCCUGAUAUCUUCAUGCGUGAGGAGGUGGCGCUCAAGAUCAACCUGCCGGAGUCUAGAGUCCAGGUGUGGUUCAAGAACCGCCGAGCCAAAUGCCGGCAGCAGCAGCAGAGUGGGAGCGGGACCAAGAACCGCCCGGCCAAGAAGAAGUCUUCCCCGGUGCGGGAGAGCUCGGGCUCCGAAAGUAGCGGCCAAUUCACGCCACCUGCUGUGUCCAGCUCCGCCUCAUCCUCUAGCUCCGGGUCCAGCGCUUCCGCCAACCCAGCGGCUGCAGCAGCGGCGGGCCUGGGCGGGAACCCGGCGGUGGCAGCCGCGUCGUCACUGAGCACGCCGGCUGCCUCGUCCAUCUGGAGCCCGGCCUCCAUUUCGCCCGGCUCUGCGCCAGCGUCGGUGUCGGUGCCCGAGCCCCUAGCCGCGCCUAGCAACGCAUCCUGUAUGCAGCGCUCGGUAGCCGCAGGCGCCGCUUCGGCCGCGGCCUCCUAUCCCAUGUCCUACGGCCAGGGCGGCAGCUACAGUCAAGGGUACCCUGCGCCUUCCUCUUCCUACUUUGGCGGCGUGGACUGCAGCUCAUACUUAGCUCCCAUGCACUCACAUCACCACCCGCACCAACUCAGCCCCAUGGCACCCUCUUCGAUGGCGGGCCACCAUCACCACCACCCGCACGCACACCACCCGCUGAGCCAGUCAUCAGGUCAUCACCACCAUCACCACCAUCACCACCACCAGGGCUAUGGCGGCUCCGGGCUCGCCUUCAAUUCUGCUGACUGCUUGGAUUACAAGGAGCCUGGGGCUGCCACUGCUUCCUCUGCCUGGAAACUCAAUUUCAACUCGACCGAUUGUCUGGACUAUAAGGACCAAGCCUCGUGGCGGUUCCAGGUCUUGUGA